CGAAAGACCAAUCUUCUCUUUUCCCUUUUCUCUCUUCUCCGAUGGCUCGUACCAAGCAAACCGCCCGUAAGUCCACCGGUGGAAAGGCACCAAGGAAGCAGCUCGCCACCAAGGCUGCAAGGAAAUCUGCACCGACUACCGGUGGAGUGAAGAAGCCUCAUCGUUAUCGCCCUGGAACCGUCGCUCUUCGUGAGAUCCGAAAAUACCAGAAGAGCACAGAGCUGCUUAUCCGUAAACUUCCAUUCCAGCGCCUUGUUCGUGAAAUAGCCCAAGAUUUCAAGACUGAUUUGAGGUUCCAGAGCCACGCCGUUCUUGCUCUUCAGGAAGCUGCUGAGGCGUAUUUGGUUGGUUUGUUUGAGGACACCAAUUUGUGUGCAAUCCACGCCAAGAGGGUUACCAUCAUGCCCAAAGAUAUUCAACUGGCGCGUCGUAUCCGUGGAGAACGUGCUUAGACCAAUUCUAUGAAGCAUUUGUAUUUCUUUGUUUCGCAAUAUAUUUCUUGCUUUUAGGGUUUUAGUUUUAUCCGAGAUUUCUUAUGUGAUGUACAAAAGAUAGAAUAUAUGAACUAGUUCUUAGCAUUUCUACAUCCCAAAGACUGAUAUUUGAGUAAUAGAAUCUCGCUAUUAGAAAACAUUACUGAUUUGGUAUGGUGUUUGAUUGAGAAUAAAAUCUUUCUAGUUACUGAUUUUUU